AUGUACUCCUGGAUUUUUAUCCUCCUGCUCCUGCAGAUUCCCAGUGUUGUCUGCAAGUUCACUUUCAGUAAAUGCUAUUUCAAAAUCAAUGAACAUUUUCACCUUAAAGGUGAUGUGGUGAUUGGUGCCUUUUUCCCUGUUCACACUUACUACACCAUCAAAAAAAUUCCACAUUCAUAUAUACUAUAUUAUUAUGAGGACUAUUACCUACAAUAUAAUUUUAAGAACUACCAGUUUCUUCUGGCUCUGGCAUUUGCCAUUGAGGAGAUAAAUGGAAACCCAAAUCUUUUACCCAACAUAUCUCUUGGAUUUGACUUCAACAAUGUCCGAUUCACUGAGAAGGACAUUCUUAUGAUUACCUGUGCUUGGCUCACAGCUCACAGGAAAGGCAAUGUUAUACCUAACUACAACUGUGAAAGGAGAAAUUUUGCUGCUGUACUCACAGGAACAUCGUGGACAACAUCUGCCUACAUUGGAACACUGCUGCAACUAUUCAAAUUUCCACAGCUUUCUUUUGGACCCUAUGAUCCUAUCUUGAGUGACCGAAGUCAGUAUUCUUCUCUCUACCAGAUGGCUCCCAAGGACACAUCUCUUUCACUUGGCAUUGUCUCUUUGCUGAUUCAUUUUAGGUGGUCCUGGGUUGGUCUCAUCCUCCCAGAUGACCACAUAGGGAAUAAAAUUCUAUCAGAUUUCAGAGAUGAUAUGGAAAGAAAAAGAGUCUGCAUAGCUUUUGUGAAAAUGAUCCCUGCCACCUGGACUUUAUUUUAUAACAAAGACUGGAAAAAUAUGGAUGAAAUCCAGCAGUCAUCAACAAAUGUGAUAAUCAUUUAUGGUAACAUUGAUUCUCUACAAGGUCUAAUGAGAAAUAUUGGGCAAAAGUUACUGACCUGGAAAGUCUGGAUCAUGAACUUUGAACAGGAUGUUACUGACCAUGCUGACUAUUUCCUGUUAGACUCAUUCCACGGGAGCCUCAUUUUUACCCAUCAUUAUAGGGAGAGUGUUGAAUUUACCAAUUUUAUUCGAACAGUGAAUCCUUACAAAUACCCUGAAGACAUUUAUCUUCCUAAAUUGUGGCAUUUGUUCUUCAAGUGCUCAUUUUCUGACACUGAUUGUAAACUUUUGGACAACUGUCAAGCUAAUGCUUCUUUGGAAGAAUUACCUAGACAUGUAUUUGACAUAAACAUGAGUGAAGAAAGCUAUAGUAUAUACAAAGCUGUGUAUGCUGUGGCUCAUAGUCUCCACGAGAUGAGUCUUGAGCAAGUAGAGAUGCAACCAUAUGAAAAUGGGGAAGGGAUGCUGUUUUUCCCUUGGCAGCUUAACUCUUUCCUGAAAGACAUUCUUGCAAGAGAAAACAUGGGUGUAGAUUGGAGUGAGAAAUUAGAGGCAGAAUAUGAUAUUCUUAACUUUUGGGAUUUUCCAAAGGGUCUUGGACUAAAGAUGAAAAUUGGAACAUUUUCUCCAAAUGCUCCACAUGGUCAACAGUUGUUGUUAUCUGAACAGAUGAUACAAUGGCCAGAAAAAUUUUCAGAGACCCCUCGAUCUGUGUGCAGUGAGAGUUGUGGACCUGGCUUCAGGAAAGUCUCUCUGGAGGGCCAGGCUGUCUGCUGCUACAAUUGUACUCCUUGUGCAGACAAUGAGAUUUCCAAUGAGACAGAUAUGGACCAGUGUGUGAAGUGUCCAGACAGUCACUAUGCAAAUAAUGAGAAAAACCACUGUCUCCAGAAAGUGGUGAGUUUUCUGGCCUAUGAAGACCCCUUGGGAAUGGCUCUCAGCAGCCUAGCUCUCUGCCUCUCUGCACUCACAGUCAUUGUUGUUGCAGUCUUUGUGAAACACAGAAACACUCCCAUUGUCAAGGCCAAUAACCGGGCUCUCAGUUAUAUUUUGCUCACCACACUCACAGUCUGUUUCCUCUGUUCUUUGAACUUCAUUGGCCAGCCCAACAAAGCCACCUGCAUCCUGCAGCAGACCACAUUUGGAAUUGCAUUUACUGUGGCUCUUGCCACUGUGCUGGCCAAAGCUAUCACUGUUGUCACUGCCUUCAAGGCCACUUUUCCAGGAAGAAUGGUGAGGUGGCUAAUCAUAUCAAGGGCCCCAAACUACAUCAUUCCUAUGUGCACACUGAUCCAACUUGGUCUUUGUGGUAUAUGGAUGGCAACAUCUCCUCCAUUCAUUGACCAGGAUGUUCAUACUGAACAUGGACGCAUUAUCAUUUUGUGUAACAAGGGUUCAUCUGUUGCCUUCCACUGUGUCCUGGGAUACCUCUGCUUCUUGGCAUUUGGGAGUUAUACCAUGGCCUUCUUCUCAAGGAAUCUGCCUGAUACAUUCAAUGAAGCCAAGUUUCUGUCAUUCAGCAUGCUGGUGUUCUUCUGUGUCUGGGUCACCUUUCUCCCUGUCUACCACAGCACUAAGGGGAAGGUCAUGGUGGCUAUGGAAGUUUUCUCCAUAUUGGCUUCCAGUGCAGCACUGCUUGGCUUCAUAUUUGUCCCUAAAUGUUACAUUAUUUUGUUGAGACCAGACAAGAACUCAAUACAUCAAAUCUGGGACAAGACACAUUCUAGAAGAAAAAAAUCUUACAAAACAUAG